UCCGCUUGGAGGUCGGCGCGUGGUUGAAGCCGCGGCGGAGCGGGACCCUCGGAGAUCGCGGCGUUCUCAUCUCGGCGGCGAUGCCGGAGCGCGGCCUGCUGGUGUCCGCCCCGGGGAAGGUGAUCCUGCACGGCGAGCACGCCGUGGUGCACGGCAAGGCGGCCCUGGCCGUGGCGCUGGGUCUGCGCACCUUCCUGCGGCUGCGGCACGGCGACGGAGAGCGGCUGUGCGUCCGUCUGCCCGGCGUCGGAGUGCGGAGGGAAUGGGACGUGGCCGAGCUCCGCGUCCUGCGGGGCCGCAUCGCAGCUGACUUUGAUGAAUCAAAGUCCCCCAGCGUAGAACAGCUGGAUGUGCUGAAAGAGUUUGCUGGAAUCGCUGCCGAUGCCUCAGCUCCUGACAGCCUUGCAAUUCUUGCCUUUCUUUAUAUGUGUCUGGCUAUUUCAGCUAAGUAUGGAGAUGUUCCCAGCGUGGACAUAGCUGUGUGGUCUGAGCUGCCCACAGGAGCUGGGCUGGGCUCGAGUGCUGCCUAUGCUGUGUGCUUGGCGGCAGCACUGCUGCAUGCCUGCAGAGCCAUCUCCUGCCCUCUGAAGGAUGGGGAGGCCACAGCCAGGUGGACAGAAGAAGAGAUGAGACUGAUCAACAGCUGGGCCUUCCAGGGGGAGCGUGUGAUCCACGGCAAUCCCUCGGGUGUGGAUAAUGCUGUUGGUACUUGGGGUGGAGCCCUGAGAUACCAAUCAGGAAAGAUCACAUCAUUAAAAAGGGUGCCGACGCUGAGGAUCUUGCUGACCAACACAAAAGUCCCACGAAGCACCAAGGUCCUGGUGGCUGGGGUCAAGGAGAAGAUCCUGAAGUUCCCUGCUAUAAUGAACCCCGUGCUGGACUCCAUCGAUGCAAUUUCCCAGGAGUGCCAAAGUGUUCUGGAAGCGAUGCCUACAAAUCCAUCACCAGAGUAUUACCCUGUGCUGGAGGAACUGUUUGAUAUAAACCAGCACCAUCUGAAUGUCAUCGGGGUCGGCCAUCCUUCCCUGGACCGCCUGUGCCGGGUGACAGCCUCCCAUGGUCUGCACAGCAAGCUGACCGGGGCUGGCGGCGGCGGCUGCGGCAUCACCCUGCUGCCACCAGAUGCCACCCCUCUGGCCGUGGAAGCAGCCAAGCGAGACUUGUGUGCCUGUGGAUUUGAAUGCUGGGAGACCGACAUCGGGGCCCCCGGGGUGACCCUGCACUCCUCCUCGUCUUUAAAUGCCGAAGUGCUGCACGCGCUCUCCGAGAGUUAAGCUCCCAGCCCUGGCAGGGCUGAGCUCCCAGCACUGCAUCCUCAGAGCGGUGGCUGGCUGUGCCCUGCGUGCUGCUGGGUGCUUCUGCCCAGUGCUGGGGGUGCGGAGCCAAGUUCAGGUCUGGUGUCAGAGGGAGAGGGGGCUGCAGUGAGGAUCCAGAAGCGACUGCUUGCACUUGUGCUGGGUUGGAGUCAGACUCUCAACGAAAUCCUGGUUUGAAUUUACUUACUCAACUGCUGUGCUAAUCUCAAGGGGCAGGAGGAGAGGGUCUGGGCUGGAUUCCAGCACAGAUGAUGACACUUUGCUGGGUUCUCCUGCUUCAGAUGCAUGUGGUGUCUCUUCUCCUCUCCCUCGGCGUCCUGUGCGGGUGUGCAGUCAGGCUGCCGAGGCGGAUGUGCAGAGCGCUGUGACAUUUUUGGGUGAGAAGUGUCUUGGCAGCUCAGGGCUUGACACUUGGGUCUCUGUUUCUCCUGGAUUCCUGUUCACAGUGGAGAGGAAACGUUUAAGUAGAGCUCUUACCUGUUACUAAUUAAGACUAAGAUAAUUAAAUUGGAAAAAAAAAUGGUAGCGCAACCCUAAUGAAAUUGUCACUGUUUUCCCCCUUUCCCAUAAUUUCUGUCUGGGCUGAUAAACAGGGUCCUAUAGCCAGACUGGUUUCUGCUCAUAUGCACGAGGUCUGGUUCAAAUGUUGGCUGUUCAAGGGGUAAUUCCAUAGGAGCCAGGUAUUAAAGCUGCAGGGGUGGGGGUGCCUUUCUCUUCCAGGGCAGGGAUAUAAAGAAAAGAAAAGAUGAAGUGUGAGAAGUUGAGGUCUACCAGCUGUAGGAUCUUGGCAUCCUGGUGACCAGGUUUAUUUCACUGGUAGGGCAUAGAACUGUCUGGUUUUAAUAAAGUGAUAUUUUAUACAUGCAAAGCGUUCUUUGAUAAUUAUGUUGGCUACAAAAGGGGAAAAAGUACCUUACGCUGCUUCAAUAAAAACAGGUUUCAGAUGCUGGUUUUC